AUGGACGCCGACAACUCGCUCUUCGGCUCGCCUGAGCCUUCGAAGAUCGCUCUGCCCGGUAAUCCGCAAGGCGACAUUCCUCGGAGCGUCCCCCAGACCGUCGCGCCUCAAGAUGUCCUUCUGAACGCGAACCUCCCGUCUGGCCAGGCAUCCACUCCAUCUGCUCCGUCUUCCAGCCCGUUCGGUCGUUCUCAGACUGUCGCUUCGUCUCCGAGUCCAGCUCCCUCUCCCGCUUCCACCGCCACCGCUAUUGCCGCUUCCGGAUCGGCCAGCCCCGAGGGCCAGCGAAAGUGCACCAAGUGCAAGAAGGACUUCCCCUCCUCGUCUUUCUCCAGCAGACGCUCCAUGGGCAACGUCGAGUACUUCGCCCACUGCUACGAUUGCCGUGCGAAGCGGAGAAAGUCCGCCGCUGCUACCAAGGCCCGCAAGGACGCUGAGAAGAAGGCGGAGAAGGACAAGCAACGCGCCGACCAGGAAGAGCAACAGCGACAGAAAGAUCAUGAGUCGUUCCAGCAAGGUGCGGAGCGUCGCGACGCACAGCGAGAGAAGCUUGCGUCCCAGCACCGGCAGCUGCAGGAGCUUGAGCAGCACCGUCUUGACAACAUUGACUACCAUCACCACUCAAUGAGCCGUUUCGAGCCGCAGAACUACGAUGGCCUGGAUUACGACGGCAUGAAUUUCGAGGACGACAUGGAGGCCCUCGCCAAGAAUUCGCCUUCUCCCUAUGUCUCGCCCAGCGCCUUCUUGCCUUCCGAGAGCGACUUCGAGCCCAAGCUUUCUCCCAAUGCCAUCGGCUCUGGAACCGCGCUCCAGGAUGGCAACACUGACUUCGGUUCUAUCGACCACAACGUUGCUGUACCUCACACCGCCGGCCACAACAGCGUCGACAACAACUCACUCAAGCCUCCUGCCGCCAUCACUGACUUGUUCGUCGACCCCCUUCCCGCCGCCGAGGGAGCAACCGGCGAAAUCCCCCGAGGUCAGCUGCUCGACUACGACCACUUCGAGCAGACUACCACCGUGGUCAUGAAGACCCGCAUGUCGGACGACAUCCACAAGAUGCGCGCCGAUUACGAGCGCCGCAAGUUCAACGACGCGCGCCACAAGUGCCCGUUCCUGCUCACGCAAGACGACAAGGAGAUCGACCGACUUUGGAAGAGAAGAGAGGCGGCCAUCACCUUGGACCUGAUGGUUGUUCCCAUCCCCGAGCCGCAGCCCAUCUUUGGCCAGUCGUACAAGGAUGGCUCCCACCGCAACGUCGCCGGCGCCUACGACUUCCCGAUGCAUUGA